CUUCACCAUGAUGACUUCUCAGGUCCUCCUGGGGGUGUCCCUCUUUGCCUGGCUGAUUCUGGAUGUUCAUGGCUUGUCUGUGAAAGGUUUGCAAUCCCAACACCAGAGCAGCAGUGGCACCAGUGCAGGGGGGAAUGUUGCUUCUCGCGGAGCAGGUUCUGGCUCCAGUGAUCCUGCAGGUGUCUUCAUGCAACAGCCCCAGUCUGCGCAGCCUGUGUUUGUCGGUGUGAGAGCUAUGCCUGCUGCUGGAUAUGCUACAGGUUCUGUUCCAGCAGGAUACUAUAGUGGUGCUUCCUACAUACCAGGUUCUGCUGCUGGCUCUCCACAGGCUGCAGCUGGUCAGUCGUCCCUCCCAGAAGCAAAGUGGACAAUCGCUCCUCAAGCACCAAGUGCACAACCUCAGGGUUCCAGUGCCAUUCUCCCACCUCCAAUGACCCUUCAAUCUGGAGAAACCUCCAAUGUCGUGAAGGAAGCUGAACCUGGGAACUACCAGCAGCAGACGGAGGAGUUUGGUUAUCCAGCUGGUCGUAUGGGGCCUGGCCAAAGUCUUCCACUUGUCGUAACACAAAGUCUUGGUGGCUUGUGGGGCUACUCUUCUCCCUACCCCCAUCAAUGCCCUUUUCCCUACCCUUACUUUGACUACAGGCUCCUCUAUGGUCUGUACCCUCCUGGCACCUACACUACCUUAAGCAGAAACCAUGAGAAGAGCAAAAACUACUACAGACCAGGCACUAGCAGAAAGAACAUGGCUCUGAUGCUCCACAAAUGGCCCAGAACCCUGGAACUGGCCAGCAGAAGGUCUAACCAGAUGAGGACGUGAUUCUGAAACUGAUGACUGGUCCAGGCAGAUGACUUGAAUUAUUCAAUAAAGUCUUCAAAACUAAA